AUGCGGCUCUAUAUCACUUGUGUGAUGAUUGCCAUUCUGGCUGCAUUGGUUACUACAAAUUCUACACCACGCAUCCCGGACGAGGUUGAUGUCCUAGCCAACGAUGCCCUGGUGAACCUUAUUGCCUAUGACCGGUCACACAGAGACGCGAACCAAACAUGUACUCUUCGAAAUGCGGCUAUUCGGCGAGAGUGUCUAAUAGAGAGGAAAAAGUAUACCAAUGCAAUGCUUUGUCUAAUGUCUAAGCCGCCAAAACUCGCAUCCACAGACGCACCGGGCAUCCGCAACCGAUUCGAUCACUUCGUAUCUGUUCAUAUCAGACAGACUCCAGCCAUCCACGCCACAGUACGUCCACAUCCAUUCGAGCAAGCCCUCCGCAACGAGUGUGGCUACGAUGGCUAUCAACCCUACUGGGCAUGGAAUAAAUACGCACACGAUCCAAUAAACUCGCCUCUCUUCGAUGGGUCCGAUUACAGUUUGUCGGGCAAUGGGGAGUAUGUUCCGCAUAAUGCAACCCCUGUAGCACCCAUUACCAACGUUCCGCCAGGUCGGGGUGGAGGAUGUGUGACUACCGGUCCCUUCAAGAAUAUGUCCAUGAAGCUCGGCCCCGUCGGUCCGACACUAAAAAUCCUCGGCCUCAAGCCCCAACCCGGAAAUGGACUCGACUAUAACCCCCGCUGCCUCCGACGGGAUAUCUCAUCCUAUGUCUCCAUGAGAUGGACCAAGUCCAGCGACGUUACUGGUCUUAUCACGAACUACACAGACAUCGGUUCCUUCCAAGACACUAUGCAGGGAAAUCUCACCUCAGACAAUAUUGGUGUUCACGGUGGAGGCCAUUACACUAUCGGCGGCGACCCGGGUGGUGACUUUUACGUUUUCCCUUCCGAACCAGCAUUCUAA